AUGGCGAUUGAUAAUGAAGCCACCACAACUCUUACAGUGAUUGAUCAUCACCAUCCUCUGUACCUGCAGGCGUGUGACACUCCAGUGCCGUCAUGGAUAAUGAAUGUUGUUAGCAAAGAAUUAUUAAGUGGAAUCAUGUAUGCCUCUAGCGCACACAAAGUUUGGACUGAUUUGAAGGAACGACUAGAUAAGGUUGACGGAUCUAGGGUGUUUCAUCUACACACAGAAAUUAAUCAUCUCACUCAGGGUACUUCCUCUAUAUCGAGCUACUUCUCGAAGAUGAAGGAGCUUUGGGAAGAAUUCGAUGCCUUCAUGCCAUGUCCUAGUUGUGAAUGUGCUGAAUCAAAGAAAUAUGUUGAACAUUUUGAGUAUCAACAUUUGUAA